UGCGCUCCUUCAAAUUUAUCGUAAAGUGACAAACAAAAAUAUACCCCAAUAUUCUAACUCCCGAGUCCACUACACUCCAUUAACGAAGCUCGGGCAUGGAACAAACUGGGAGGAUGCUCUGUUCGGGUCGAGUGUUGGCGGUCUCGCAACAUAUAAACCCGCUUUUUCCAUACAGAUUCCCUCACCGGAGCGCGAGGUUUCGACAUGUAAAGCACGAGCUCGACUCGAGAUGGCGAUCCAGGGUCGCCGACCCGGGCUCGUCAUCUUCUUCUUCUUCCUCAUCUUCUUUUGCUGCCUCCUUCGAUUUCGACCCUACUGAGAAAAAAACCGCCGGAUUCUGUAUAAUAGAAGGGCCGGAAACAGAGCAAGACUUUGUCGCAAUGGAAUUGCAGGAGAUCCAGGGUUGUAUUCGGAGUCGUCGGAACAAAAUUUUCUUGCAUAUGGAGGAGGUUCGUAGGCUGAGAAUACAACAGAGGAUUAAAAGUGCAGAACUUGGGAUUUUAAAGGAAGCACAAGAAAAUGAACUUCCUAAUUUUCCAUCAUUCAUUCCAUUUUUGCCUCCUUUGAGUUCAGCAAACCUUAAGCUGUAUUAUGCCACCUGUUUUUCUCUUAUUGCCGGGAUUAUCCUUUUUGGGGGCAUUCUAGCACCCGCUUUGGAGCUUAAAUUGGGGCUUGGAGGCACAUCAUAUGAAGAUUUUAUCCGAAGUGUGCAUCUUCCAUUGCAGUUGAGUCAGGUUGAUCCCAUUGUGGCGUCAUUCUCUGGAGGAGCAGUUGGGGUCAUCUCAGCAUUGAUGGUAGUUGAAAUAAACAAUGUAAAACAGCAGGAGCAUAAAAGAUGCAAAUAUUGUCUUGGAACUGGAUAUCUUGCUUGUGCUCGCUGUUCAAGCAGCGGAGCACUAGUUCUUAUUGAACCAAUAUCAACAACCGACGGUGGAGAUCAGCCUGUAUCACCAUCUAAAACAGAAAGAUGCUCGAAUUGUUCAGGAUCUGGAAAGCUCCUUGAAUUCAAGACGUAGAAUUUCAGCCCUAUAUUUUGUAUAGGUUAUGUGCCCUACGUGCCUUUGUACCGGAAUGGCUAUGGCUAGUGAACAUGACCCUCGGAUUGAUCCCUUUGACUAAGAACUGCAGCCUACAUCGUCAUGGGCUGCCUCUCUUGUACUAUACUAGUAUUUUGACAACACAUCGUAAAUAUUUCUGUUUAUACAAACAGCUUAAGGAAACACAUGAACAUCUAUGUACCAAGGAAUUGUAGUCUCCCAUGGAUGUUCAGAAGCAUUACCGUAACUGUAUUUGUUGAUAAGACAUCUAUUUUUGUAUAUACAAACAGCGGAGGAGUUCAGCA